AUGUCGAGCCCUCCUAAGCAGUACAUUUCCACGAUGAAGAACGUCUACACCUAUGUGCAGAAGGAGUGGACUGCUAGUGGAAAGCGGAUCUUGGGUGAACGUGGACACGCUGCUAUUCAUCUGCAGUCUGUUCGUAAAAGCCACCCAGCUCUGCCAAUCUUUCUCUACGCGCUGGUUGGUGUCGUAGUAGCCUCGAACGGAGCUUUGCUUCGAAUUUGGGGCGGGCUCUCACCGGUCGCCUUGUGGAUUCUCAACUGUAAUUACAGUCAGACGCGCAAAAGCGGUCUCACAUCCAUUGCGGAGGUGUUCGCAUCUGUAGCAGACCAAUGCGUCCGCAAGACUUUUCGCCGACUUCUCCAGAACAAGAGUGUGGAUGCCAAGGUGAAGACUACCACAGUACAAGAAGACGGCAGGCACGAAGACACGCUGAUGCAAGACCUGGCUGCUCCAGCCGAGGCACAAGAUGACAGACAUGCGCGACUAAGUCUAUGGUCAGUGGCAUAUCUUGGCGGCACCAUUGAGCGCUGCAAGGAGCGCUGCAGUGGUGACUUCAACUUUGUGCAAAACAAUCCUAAAGCCUUCAAGGAUUUGCCAGGCAUUGAUGCGUCUGCUACUGCUUCUGCAGCCGAAGCCGCCGUUGCAAGUGGGGAGGGCUUGCGAGGGCGUACCUGGUUUUCUACGCUGUUGCUCUUUGACGAAGCGUAUGAGUUUCUAAUGGAACUCGGCAUCUUGGACAGUCCAAGUUCCGCUGCAAAGAAACAGAUGUCUGGAGGCGUUGAUGUUUCUGGUCAAACCCCCAAUGCUGGGUGGGCAAACAGGCUACUGCAAACGGGCGUGAGCACGUUCGAAACGAAGAGCUGUGGAUCGUUCGGCGGCUUGCACUCUCCAAGCGUCAACACAGCCCUAGCCGGCAAUUUUCAUCCCGGCGUCGCGGUGGAGAUGAUUCGCGGGCUCCGUGGCGACCACGGAUGCCAAACAAAAGCUCGCUUCCUGUUUGCCAGUGGGCAGCCCAUCCAGCCGCAUGAGGAGUACGAAUCUGUCGGCUUGGAUGCCAAAGUAGAGUACUGCGCACUCCCCAGUGUGUUGCUUGAUUUGUUGCGACUGAACUGCUUGGAGAGUCCUGAGAAGGCAGCAGUGGAACUAAAGCACGAGGACGACCUCAUCGACGGUGUUGCUGAGUUCACGGACGCAGGUUUCUUUCCCGAUGCAGUGGGUUGGCCUUACACCUUGCCAGACGGCGUUGUCACUAAACUUCGCUUUCGCCAGACUCCAGACGGUCCUCAGCCAGAGUGGUCCAUGGCAGACAGAGAUGUAGACGUUCCUCCAGAGCUUGAACUACGCCCGGCAGCGCAGCGUCUCACUGAGAUCUUUGAGCAGGAGCACCGCGUCCUAGAGUUCUCAGAGAGCGGCAAGCAACUUUUCAAGAGCUACUCGUGCUAUUUUAAUAUUAUGGUGGCUCAAGCUCGAGAAGAUGGUGACGUGGGUCAGGGUGCCCAGAUGGGCGCGUGUCCGUGGAAACUUGCCACGCUUGCUUUGGCACUCUGGGAUCUUGCCUGGCAGCAGUCGGCGCCGCCGGUUAAUCCGGAGGCGCCGGUCCUGAUCGAUGCGGAUGUGGUUGCACGGGCGUUUGGACUGCUGGAGAUUCUAGAGAGCGUAGUGGCUAUCAUGGCUGGUAAGGAAGAGUCGUCUGCCUUCUCAACGUUCAACGAAGCCGACUCAGCGGAGAGAAAGCGGAAAAGGCCCAUGGCGUCCAUUGGUGGCCAUUCAACGAACUCGCCAAGAGACCGUAGCGUGGCUCCGAGUUCUACUACAAGAAAUCGAACUUCACGACGCACAGCGCCAGGACAUCAUAUUCUGGAUGACAGUGCCUUAUCUUUCACUACCAUCUUCCUGCUCGGGGCAAGUGCUCGAGUUCUUGUUUCCAUCUGUGCUGCCCACGACAAGCGUCGAGCUAGUCUUGCAGUCUCCCAGUUGGAUUCUAAGCGACUCUGA